CAGAUUGGUGACACAUCUUCAGUCUUCACAUCAAUGUUUUUCGAUUUUGAUUGAUCUUGCAUCGUACGAGAAAUAAUAAUAUUAAAAUCGUAACGAGAUAACUUUCACGAGACAUGUUAUAUUAUUGAUAAAAAUACAUACUACGGCUAAUGAUGGGUAACGAAGGAUCGCAAUUAAGUGGCUUAGAAAUAGAAGAAAAGGCUGUCGAAAUUACAGACUUUUGGUCACAUUAUCAGGCAACAAUAAACGAUAGCUGCAGGUAUUUCAGCUUAAAAAGCGAUGGAUCCGUAUCAGUUUUUAAGGGAGAAGCAGCAGUUGGUCCUUUAUGGUCUGUAUCAACACCGCUGGAGAAGUCUUCCAAUAAUCUUCUCAAAUAUCGCCACCCUUGCAUUGUGAGGUAUAUAUCAGCAUGGCAGCAACGUUCUACACUUUACUUGGCUACAGAAUAUAUACAACCAUUGUCACAUGUUUUAAAAUUACAAACACCUCUUCAGAUAUGCAUAGGAUUGAACAAUAUUUUAAGGGCUUUAGUAUUUUUACAUGAUCAGGCGGGCAUGUCACACAAUAAUGUCAGUUUAUCCGCUAUUUAUGUCACUGGAGAUGGCCAAUGGAAACUUGGAGGUAUGCAGUAUCUGUGUCCAUUUAGAGAAUUAACUUCAGCUUAUUUGAAACAUGCAAGGAUACAUAGGUAUGACAAAGCAAUAGACCCAAAUGAGGAUUCCUAUGAACUAACAUCAAAAGUUGACCAAUAUGCAUUUGCAGUACUAGUGGAUGAUGUUUUCAAAGGACAUAAAGAUGAUGAAGUUCCACAUUUGAAAGAAUUCAAGAAAUACUGUUCAAGUAAACUACAGCAUCAAGACCCUGAAAGCAGGCCCAAAUUAUCAGAAGUACUACAGCAUGACUUCUUUAGUCAUGAAUUUAUAUCCAUUUAUAAAUUCCUAAACUUUUUGCCCCUUAAGUCGGAAGAAGAAAAAUGCCAGUUUUUCUCAAAUAUUUUAAAUUCUUUAAAACAUUAUGAUGAGGAAACUGUAGCAAAACAACUUAGUGGCUUAUUAUUAUCCCGGCUUACCAUGUUGGAUAACACUGCAAGAAAGGAUGUGAUCCCAUUUAUUUUUAAACCCAAAAAUGAAAGACUACAAAAUGGAGAACAGCCAGGCUUUUUCACUUUAACUACUUUUAAAGAACAUGUAAAGCCUAGAUUGGUGCAGUUAUUCGGAGUGAGAGAUAGUCAAAUAAGAAUGUUACUUUUGACCCAUUUUUCAAAAUAUGUCCAUGUAUUUUCACAUGAAGAAUUGUGUCAACAUGUUCUGCCAGAAUUGCUCAUUGGUAUCAAAGACACAGAUGAUAAUUUAGUUGCUGCUACAUUGAUUUGUUUAAGUGAAUUGGUCCCCAUACUUGGGGCAGACACUGUUAUUGGGGGUAAACGAUCUAAGUUAUUCACUGAUGGAAGACCAAACUCUAAACUUUCUAUUGAAAAACCACAAGAAAUUGUUUUCACAACAAAACCAUUACAGGAUUUACCAUGUUCUGAAGAAAUAUUUCAUCAUGAUGACAGUGUGAUGACAUUAAAUGAAAGACCUUCACCAGUAGGUGGUGAAUCUAUUGAUAAUGAACCAAUCUUAUUAAAUAAAAAUAUAUCGAGAGCAGAAAGUGAGGACGACUGGAGUGAUUGGGACAAUAGCAAUCGUCAGCUAACAUUGAGAGAUACUGAAGAGCUAAAUCAACCUGAUAUAUUCCAGGACCAUCAGUUGCAACCCCCCAUCGAAAAUAUAGAUUUGAAUAACGAUUUGCUUAGGCCCGAGUUAAAAAUUAAUCCUGUGUCCAGAAUACAAUUGCAGAAAGCUGCAAUUGAGGCAAAAAGAAACAUUGUCGAUAUAUCAGAGUUAGACAUAAAAAAUCAGAAGAUUGACUUAACAAAGAAAGGCGAUGAUUUCGACUUCUUUGCAGAUAUGACACCAGUCAUAGAAAAGCCCACUAUCAUAAACGUUCUGCAGUCAGAAGAACAGCAGACUUUUAGUAGUAAAUUGAACUUUGUCCCAUCUGAUGAGCUAGGCGAUGAAGGAUGGGGAGAUAAUUGGAAUGAAUAAGUGAGAAUUUUGUGACGUAGCCUUAGAUUUAAAUCUAUGAACGUAGCGUAAAAUAAUACGAAAUCGGCGAUUUAAUGACAGUCAACAUCAGAUUAUAGAUUAUACAUUUUAUUGCAAAACCGCGCCGAGAUUUAAUAGUAAUAUGCACUGUCGCUACAUAAUUUCAACGUGGAAUGCAAUAAAAAUGCUUAAUGCUCAAAUGUAGAUGGUGUUACGAAUCGGGCUCCUGAAGAAAUAGUAGUAUUAAUUGUAAAUUGACAACUAUAAUCAUACAUAAAAAAUCAUACAAAUCUUAUUGCUGAAAUACCACAAUACUAUUAACAUUGUUGUUAGGGCAAAACAAGACGAGACGAGAUGGUGGUACUAGCCAGGCGGACUUAGAACAAGCCCUACCACCAACCAAAUCUAGCAGAAAAUUUUGCAACCACCAAGAAUCGAACCCGGGACCUCCGGGUCUGAAGGAGGUGGUCCCACCACUACUAGACCAGAGACCACAGAGGCAUAACAUUUUUAAAUAUUUAUUAAUCAUGGUUAGGGAGUAUAGUUAAAUUUACAAAAAAAUAUAUGUUAAUUUACACUUUAUUAUACCCAGUAAAUAAAAUAUGUACAUAAUUAAAGAAACCCAAAUUAAAGAUAGUACCAAUUUGA